AAUAAUUGAUCAUUUCUCUCUCUUUGUGAAAUGAUUUCUUCCAAAGCUAUUUGUGUUGGCAAAAACUAUGAGAAACAUGCUCGAGAAAUGGGUGAUAUGACUACUUCACGUGGAGAACCUAUUCUAUUUUUGAAACCUAGUUCCAGUUAUUUGGAACAAGGUAAUCCCAUCCUAUUACCUAAAGGAGCCCAAGUCCAUCACGAAGUAGAGUUGGGAGUUGUUAUAGGCACUAGUGCACAAAAUGUGAGUGUAGAACGUGCCUUGGACUAUGUGCAAGGCUAUCUAUGUUGUUUGGAUAUGACAGCUAGGAAUUGGCAAUCCACUGCAGCUUCCAAAGGUGAACCUUGGACCUUGGCAAAGGGAUGCGAUACCUUUUUGCCUAUGAGUAAUCAAAUACCUAAAGAACGUAUUCCAGAUCCCCAAAAACUGGAUAUAUGGCUCAAAGUCAAUGGAGAAUACAGACAACGUGGAUAUACAAAGGAUAUGAUAUUUUCUGUUGCAGAGCUUAUUGCUUAUACGAGCAAAUAUAUUACGUUGUAUCCUGGUGAUCUUUUAUUGACGGGAACUCCAGAAGGAGUAGGACCCGUAUAUGAUGGUGAUGUGAUAGAAGCAGGUAUCACAGAUAUCACGGAAAUGCAAUUUUUAUGCAAAGCCAAGUCGUAGAUGAAUAAUAAAACGAUGCAGUUUCUCUCUAUUUUUGUAUUUUCUUCAUAAAACGAUGAAUACUAUG